AUGGCGUUACUGAGUUUGUUUGUUGUCUCGGUUGUUCUCUGCCAGGCCGUUCUCCUCGGCGCUGUUCCUACAACUGUUACAGCAAUCAUCACCGAAACAGCUACCACAGAAACAGCCACCAGUGACGUCAAACCCAUUCCUGAAAUCACGUACAACUACACUGACGAUGUCAAAGAUGCUUUUAGGCUUGUUUUGGCACAGUUGCAUAGCAAUGUUGGCAAACCUGUGAAAAAGGACAUUACGGCAACCAUGAGAGCAGACUUCCAUACGCUGUGUCCGGUGCCGAGAAGGGAACCGGAAACACAAGCAGAUUCCAAGAUGGCGUCAUUAGGACUUGAUGUCAUUCAACAAUUAAGUGACAGUGUUGGAAUUUCGGCGGAGGACAUUUUAAAAUCAGAACAAUGGCGGGAUUCGCUGGGAACCGAGUUCCGGAAGUACUGUAAUGAGAAAGCGUCACACUUUCACUGUGAUCCUUUGUCCCCCUACCGGACAAUUGACGGGUCCUGUAACAACAUCGGACAUCCAGCCUGGGGCAUGACUGGAAUGCCCCAAAAGAGGUUCCUCCCAGCAACGUAUGAUGACGGUUUCAAUUCCCCCCGGUCAAAGGCCGAGGAUGGCACGCCCCUCCCCAGCCCCCGGAACAUCAGUAACAUACUUCAUAAGUCUACUGGCAAUCAGACGUAUGAGUCCAGACUGACCGUAAUGUUGAUGACCUGGGGCCAGUUCAUUAAUCACGAUAUUAUUGGCACUCCACUCAUUAAAGAUGAAAACGGAAAUUCCCUUGAUUGCUGUGGUAUAGAUAGAACGAACCCUGCCUGUCUACCUUUGGAAGUCCCCACCGACGACUCAUAUUUUCAAUCAUCCUGUAUGAACUUUGUCCGGACGGCUCCGGGGGCUGGACCAGAAUGCUCUAUAGGUGAAAGACGGCCAAUAAAUAAAGUGACGUCAUAUCUCGACGGAUCUGCCAUUUAUGGGUCAACGAAAGAAGAGGAAAGUCGUUUACGUAAAAUGGAAUAUGGACUGCUACGAGAAGGACACCACGGUCUUCUUCCGCCAACCGGAAAUGACAAUUGCAUUCUACAGAGAAAAGGACAACAGUGUCAACUGGCUGGCGACGAACGUUCCAAUUUUGUUGCCUCCAUUGGUGCCUUACAUACAUUGCUCAUGCGCGAACACAACCGAAUCACUUUGAAGCUUCAUGAAAUCAACCCGUCCUGGGACGACGAGACCCUCUAUCAAGAAACGAGAAAAAUCGUCUCCGCUAUCAUCCAGCAUAUCACAUACAACGAGUACCUACCGUUGAUAAUAGGAAAGCCCCUUGUUAAUUAUUACAAUCUGGAUGAUACAGAAUUUGGACAUGUUGAAGCGUACAAGGACUUCGUAAACGCCGGAGUUUCAACCGCCUUUGCUGCCGCCGCUUUCAGAUUUGGUCACUCACAAAUUCCCAAAAAACAAACAUAUAUUGGACCAAAGUUUGAAAAAAAGAAGGGGGUAGUCAUCGAAAAGACAUUCCACAAGCCGUAUUAUCUACAGAGAAGCAAGCAUUUUGGUUACGAGGGAAUUCUUAGAUGGUUAAUUACCGACCCAAGUCCAAUGGUCGACAGGUACGUUGAAGAUGGCGUCCGUGAUAAGCUUUUCUUGUUGCAAAAUAUUAGUAUGGACUUGGCUGCAAUCAAUAUUCAGAGAGGACGUGAACAAGGGGUACCGCCUUACAACGCGUGGCGGAAAUGGUGCGGACUGUCGGAAGUGACGUCAUUCGAGGUUAAGCGAAAUGGCGGCCUUGAACACCAUGACAACGAAACAGCUGCAAUUUUGAGUGAUUUAUACAAAAGCCCCAAUGAUAUUGACUUGUACUCUGGUGGAGUAUCCGAAGUCCAUGUGGACGGCGGAAGUGUCGGACCUACUUUUGCAUGUAUCAUUUCCCGACAGUUCAGUGCACUGAGGGUCGGAGACCGGUAUUGGUACGAAAACAACGACACUACUAUCGGGUUUACAUCAGGCCAGCUGGAUUCAAUUAAGAAAAUAGAGUUAUCAAAGCUUAUAUGUGAAAAUAUGGACAUCCCUGACAUACAACGAACUGCCUUCCUCACACCCAAGAUAAGCGGGAGACACACACGUCACAUCCCUUGCUCCUUCCUACCAGAUUUAAACUUCAAAGCAUGGCUUGACCGGAAACCGAAGUGGAGUGGAAAGCAAGCGCCACUGCCAACAUCACAGCCUGUGACGUCAGAAGCAGUCCUUGCUUCCGAGAAGCCGACAGCACCGUCUCAAACAGUGACCGAUGUCAAACCAACGGCAGAAAUAGUUGAGGAUAAAACGACAGUAGUGGCUGCUUAA